AUGUCAAGUUUCUCGUCAUGGUUCUCUCGCUUACGUUCUUCUUCCUCCAAGUUGUUCUACCGCUACCGCACUCUCCACAAUAAAUACGCGCCCACCGUCUUCCACAACCACUCUACCAGGGAUGCACGCUCAACGUCUCUGCUUCCUCUCGCUCUCGCUCUUUCCGCUGGAUCACUCGCUCUUCAUCCACACUUCAGUCCUUCCUUCUGCGACACUGACAGAGGUGUGAAUGUUGGGGGCAAAGGUAGCACGCAAUACGUUGUUAAGGGAUCGCAGAGGGAAUUUCCGCGGGAGCUUCUUGAGGAGUUGAAAAUCAUCUGUCAGGAUAACAUAUCAGUUGAUUAUGACGAAAGAUAUAUCCAUGGAAAACCACAAAACAGCUUCCACAAGGCUGUUAAUAUCCCAGAUGUGAUUGUUUAUCCGAGAUUGGUAAAUUGGCUCAUUUCCAUCAGAUCUGAAGAGGAGGUUUCUAAGAUUGUCAAAUUAUGUAACAGUCAUAAGGUUCCUAUUGUACCAUAUGGUGGAGCUACAUCAAUUGAGGGUCACACCUUAUCCCCUCAUGGAGGGGUUUGCAUUGACAUGUCAUUAAUGAAAUUUGCACGAAGCCACAAUUCGUCUUUCCCACCGUUAAGUGUCACAUCUUGGUUUAUCCUCGAUGCACAAGUCGUUAUUCGCAAUUUUGGACCAAACAACCUCGUUCUCAAUCGCCACUAUUUGCAGUUUGUGUUCACAAUCGUCACCCUGUUCACAUUUCGCAGCUGCAACCACCACCCCAUUUGUAGAUCACAAUCGUAG